GCCUCUUUGCCGCUGAAGCCAUUGCAGCGGGCGUGGUGCUGCCACCGUAUCAGGGGCUUUCUUUGCUGUUUGCAGACCUGGAUCGGGUGGAGUACUCCCGAGAGGUUGACAACUACGUUUGGUGUCCCAGAGAUCGGAAACUGGAGGGAGAGCCCUGGCUUCCGAGCUUCUGCGUGGACGGGCAACGCCUCCAGCGCGGAAAUCCCGCGAGAUUUGUGAACGCUGCCCGCAUGGCAAACCAGUGUGACGAUGUGAAUCUCGAAAUUUGCGAGCUCGGACGAGUCGCAUAUUUUCGCACUCUACGACCUGUCUCUGCAGGCACGGAGCUGAUCGUUGACUACGGCUCUUCGUACUGGGAAGACUUCGCAGGUUGCGAGAGAAAGGCCUAUGCUGCUGCUAUACGAAGCGCGGCGGAGGAGCUGAGGCGAGCAAAGCCAUCGCAAGCUCUAAGAGCUCUUGACUUAGGAAGUGGCUCCGGAUUGCUGGGCUUGCUCUGCUGGCAAACAGGACUGUUCGAAGAAGUGGUCUUCAUCGAAGCAUGUCCCCCGCUAGCUGAAGCGGCACGUGAGAACAUCAGGAGAAAUGGCGCAGAGCGAUGCUGCUCGGUUUGGGAGGGCCACUCUUUCGAACUUCUCCACGACGAGAAGGCCAAGGACACAUCUUUUGAUCUCUGUGUUUCCGAACUCCUGGACGCAGUUCUGAUUGGCGAAGGCGUGCUGCCGACGCUGCGACAUGCUGCAGCUUCACGAAGCUUCAAUCCAGGCCCUGAGCUGAUCCCACGCCGCGCCCAAGUCUUUGGUCGAGUCUUCCGGUCGAAGGCACUCUGGGAGCGGCACCGUGGUGCUUUUCAAGAUUCAAGCUUCGUGAGCUUGCCAGAGGCGCCCGGGCCAGAAGCACUGCGCAGGAUGUGGUCCGUUGUCCCGGGCUUCAUGCAGCUGAACAUAUUCACCUGGCGCCAUUCCUUGAAACAGGCCGGGAGCGCCAGGCAGGAUAGCCUCACAGCUGAGCUGCCGGACGGCAGCACUGGUCAGCUGCCUAGGUGCCGCGCUCUUUGCGCGCAGCUUGGCUUAGCCAAUUCGACCCUCAGUGGUUUUUACGGGCAAGAUCCCAUAGCUUCUGUGGAGCAGACGCGUUUCUCCAUGUGCGAGAGUGUGAUCACAGUCGAAGGCCACCACCCGAAGCGUGCCUUUACGGUGCGGCGGCUGACAAGCUUGGCGCAGCGGCCACGAAGAGCGAGGAGUCGCCUUGCCGCGCUAUCCACUGCCACGGCUGUGCGGCCCAGCGAGGCCAUUGGAUGGCGGAGCCUAGCGCACAUUUACUGCAUGAAUUUGGAACACCGUCCCGAGCGCUGGGAGUUCAUGCAGAAGCAGUUCCAGAAAUUAAGGAUGCCUGUGGAGCGCUUCAGUGCAGUCAAUGGCCGUGACCUGGACGUCCCUGAUCUAGCCAUGAAUGGUGUUAUUGCAAUGGAGGCGUUGCCCCGCUACUACCUGCCAGACGAGCAGAAGCUCUUUGGCACGGAUCUCACUGCAGGCGGCAUAGGCUGUGCAUUGUCACACAUGCUCAUUUGGCGAGACAUCAUCCAGAAAUGUGCGGAAGAUGGCGUGGAUCCGCGAGCACCCUUCCUGGUUAUUGAGGAUGACUGCGAGUUUGCGCAGGGCUUCUCGGAGGAAGUGCUCCUUGAGCGUCUGUCGCACGUGCCGCAGGAUUGGGAGAUCGUCUAUCUCGGUGGCCAGGAUCUUCUGCGCAGGCAGCACCUCUACGAGGUGGGCAAAGGUGUGCGGCGGCUCUACAAAGGCUUUCGUGAGACUACGGCAUAUGUCAUCAACGACGCCGGGGCCAAGGCAUGCCUAGAAGUAAGCGUGCCGCUGUACUGGCAGAUCGACACCCACAUGAAUGACGAGUCUCUGCGUGAAGGCUUGAAGCCUCCGAAACCGGGGCACGCAGAUCACACGAUGCAUCCCAGGGGCUACUUCCUCUGGCCAGGAAUCGUGGCGCAGCAGCGGGACGGAUUUCCCACGGAUGUACAGAAGGUAGCAUCUGUGGUUUCAAGCCACAGAGCACUUCUGUUCAGGUUAGUGGCAGCUAGGUGGCGUGAAUGGCGAAAACGUCUCCUAGAGUUUGUCUCGGAGCCGUUCGAGGUCUUUGACUUCGACUUUGCUGCGGUCACCGCGCUUCCUUCGUGUGGCCGGCGUGUGGCGCUGCACGUGCCGCUGAUGCCUGGCGAAGCACACGGCGUUGCGCUUUGGUUUGAGGCUGAGCUUUUCGGGUCAGUCCGAAUCUCGACGUCUCCCGGGCAGCCCUUGCGCGAACACUGGCGCCAGGCUGCCCUCUGCUUCCGCACGCCUGUCGCUGUCGAGGGCUCUGAGCCUUUGGAGCUGGAGGCACACCAUGAUGACGAUGCUGUUUGGAUUUCGCUUCCUCGCCGAUCGCGCCAGAAGCUGCAGCCUGGCCGGCCGCCAACUUGCAGUUGCGGCCUGCACGCGGCCACUUCUCGGCGCCGCCUCGGUGCCCUCGGCGUCGAAGGAGCCUGGACAGUGGGUCUUCCCGAAGCCGAGAAGGGCUGCGGCGCCUUGGUCUUCGGAGAUGGCCCCAGCCUGGCAAUCAGGUUGGCCAGACACGGUUACGACCCGGUGGUGUCUGUGGGACCAGGCAUGUUGAACUCCAACAUCAUCCAGAAGUUCGCCGCUAGCAAUGGCAUGCAAGCAGUGCUUAAAGCAGCGCUUCUUGUGGGGGACAUUGUGCCGAAGGGUGAAGAGACCAAGAGAAAGCAUCGGCGGACCGAUGUUCGGUCAGCCCAAAAGCGGCAAACGGAUGAGUCUGAGGCAGACAGCCUAGAAGACCUGGAGGACUUUCAAUGGGCAGCCCUGGCAGAGAGCUUGGAGGCGUUUGACGUUAACUGGGCUGCGUUUUCCGACUUUUGGUACGAAGCUGCUGCAGAGGACUGGAGGUUCCACCACUAUGCGAUCUUCGCUCAGAGCCUCCAUGCACUGCAGACCGCCGGAUUGAAGGUCCAUGCACCGCCAUGCUCGUGGACACUCCACGCUGCUGCCUUCGAGUCCGAGUGGCUGGCGAGACGACUUCUUCCUGUGCCGAACGAUCUUGAUCCCUGGCAGGGUAUAGAUCUACGAGCUCUAAACGCGCUGCACGCAGGUCAGCCAAAGUCUGGCUUUAGCGCCGAUGUCUUUCCGCUGGUGAGCGCAAACAUGCUUCGGAUCGUGUCGCGCAGCGCGGAGGUGCUUCAGCUGCCCUGCCAUUGGGAGAGCCGACUCGAGGAUUGGCAAAGCAUUGAGCUUUCCGUCCAGCGACCUGCACAUGGUGUCUUGCUCUGGAUCCAACCAAAGGUUGGGCUCUUUGCAGUCUCGUUACAAAACAAAGCUGCACAUGCGAUUGCAACGGUCUGCGACGGCAGCAUUCUUGCCAUGAGCAUUGCUUGGCAGUCGCCUACAAGAGCCCUGACACAGGGCAUUCAAUGGGAGCCACCCUGGUCUUCACCACACACCGGAGAGGUCGACCAGCUGACAUGGGGCAGGCUCUGCGUCCCGAGCGCCGGCGAGGCCAACAAGGAUAACUCUUGGCCCUCACCGAUAUUUGAGGCAGAAGCUGCGCGGGAGACGGUCCAGCACCAGGUCUUCACCUCUGGCAUUGCUACAUCAAGCUGUGGCUUUGUUGAGGAGCAUGGCACUGCGGAUGCGGGAGAAGCCCCUGAUCCUGUGGCCAGGUGCCUGGACUUCAGCGACGAAAUCGUGGCCCAAGUAAAUGCUGUUCCGAGGCCUUCUGACGUCUCGCAGGCGCCUGUACCUGGCCGGCGCGCUCUCGAGGUUGCCAAGGAGCUGGAGCUCCUCCUAGGCUGGCUGCUCUCGGAGCGGUUGCGCGAAAGGGAUCGGAUUGACAGUAAAUUGGCAUCUUUGAGAGCGCCACUUCAGCACCGAGAUAACGGCCAAGUGUUGGCGGCAACAGACAUCAACUGGUACGAUGCUCUGACGAGCGGCGAAGCGAUGAGCUUGCUCAGGCACGAGCGGUUUGGCGUGGUGCUGGCCGAGGCUGCAGCCCGUGCGACAGUGCGGGUCAGGGCAAGGCUGCUUCCUGGCUUCGAGCUCGAAGUAGACGCCAGAGCUUCGAGUUCAGCUGGGCAACAAAAUAUGUUCGGAAAAGACUGGGCUUUUCCAUCUGAAAGAACAAAGAUUUAUUUAUUACUCUUUUGUGGCAUCGCUUCUGGCUUCUCCAUUUCCUUGCCCUGGUUUGUUAGCCUUUUAAUUUUUAGGUUUUUGAUUUCUGGGGCUCGGUUUUAUUUAAAAUACUGUUUUUUACUUAAUAGAAUAUCAUAUAAUAUACUAUAA